UUAAGACGAGUAUUGUGUUGGAAACCAAGCGAGCUAGCCGCGAACACGGACAGUGUACCAUAUAAAAACAAAAAUGGAUCACAAAAAGCCUGAAAUACCAACGUGCGAAGUAUGCCAACAGCCAGCUAAUCAAAUUUGUGGAGGAUGUAAACUCGUUUAUUAUUGUUCAAGACCACAUCAAAAACUAGGUUGGAGGGAAGGGCACAAAUUCAAAUGUUGCGCCUUCAAAAUUCAUUAUUCUGACACGUUUGGUAGACACAUGAUAGCAACGAGGGAUAUAAAACAAGGUGAAAUGAUAUUGAAGGAGAAACCAGCGGUGAUUGGUCCGAGAAUGACGUGCACACCUCACUGUUUGGCAUGCGGUAAGAAGCUAGAGCCGGCGAAGCUUGAAGGUGGUUUUGAUUUCUAUAAAUGUUCUUUGUGUAAUUGGCCAAUGUGUGGACCCCAGUGUGAGAAAGCUGAUGUACAUAAACCUGAAUGUAAAAUAAUGUCAGACAGAAAGUAUAGAUGCGCUAUAAAAUAUGAGCAAUCGGACAAAGCCGAGGCAGCUUAUUGUGUUAUCACUCCUCUCAGAGUGUUAUUAACGAAGAAUUCCAAUCCCCUUCAAUUUGAAAACUUAAUGAGCUUAGAAUCUCAUUUAGAAGACAAGAAAGAUACACCUUUGUAUCUAGUUCUGAGAGCAAAUUUAGUGACUUUCAUUGUUCAAGUACUAGGCAUGGAAUUCGAUGAAGAAACUAUUUUAAAAGCAGCUUCGAUACUGGAUACGAAUGCAUUUGAUGUAAGAUCCACAGAUGGUACAAAAAGGUCAAGAGCUAUUUAUGUGACAGCAUCAAUGAUGAACCACAGUUGCAAACCUAACACUCGUCAUAUAUUCUUGGACGAUGAUUAUAAAAUCGCAGUCAUAGCGACUGUGCCAAUUUCUAAAGGCGAUAUUAUAACUGCAACAUAUACACAGACACUGUGGGGAACCUUAGAUAGACGAAGACAUUUAAGAAAUAUUAAACAUUUCGAAUGUGAAUGCGAUAGGUGUAAAGAUCCAACUGAACUCGGAACUUAUUUGGGUAACAUAUAUUGUUCUAUUUGUAAUGGACCAGGAAGUGAUAAUAUUACACCAAAACCAAUGAUGGUAUCAAGUAAUCCAUUAGAUGAAAAUGCAUUAUGGCGAUGUGAAAAAUGUGAGCAUUUCAUUCAAAGCCGACAAAUGUUCUGGGGUAACAAUGCUUUGAUGCAAGACUUAAAUAAAUUAAAUAAAACUGGACAUAAGGAUUAUGAAGACUUUAUUCGUAGGUAUAGUAACACGUUGCACCCACUUAACCAUUUAGUGGUUCAAGCCAAAUUGGCGUUGAUACAAAUUUAUGGAAAUUAUAAAGGAUAUUCUUUGACAGAAAUUUCCGAUGCCCUUCUAAAAAGGAAAGUUGAUUUAUGCCACGAGCUUCUGGAGUUAGCAGAUAAGUUGGAACCAGGAUGGACCAGAUUCCGUGGCACGUUAUUACUAGACCUGCAAGCGGCGAUGACAAUGCAGACCAAGAGAGAAUAUGAAAGUGGAAAAAUUACAAAAGCUGCUGCCCAAGAUCAACUAAUGGAGAGCAUGGUGUUGCUUCAAGAAGCCACAAAUAUUUUAAAAGUCGAACCCGACAUGAGAACUGCGUUAGAAGUUAAAAUUCAGGAGCUGUCUUCUCAGUUAGACGCGGAAGAAAAUGGAAUUUCCGAUGCCUAAUGUUAUGUUUAAUCUAUCUAGAUUCAUGAAUUUAUUUAUAUUAUAACAUUUUUUUUUUACAUUUUACAAAUUAUAUUUGCAUUGUCUAUUAUCUACUAAAAAAUAAACAAAUUAAGACAUUAUGUUAAUUAGAUAUAUGAUUUAUAACAGUAUUAAUGUAUAAUUAUGUACAAUUAUACGAAAAAUAGUUUUAAAAGACAUGUAAUAUAAUAAUUAAAAAUAAAC